AUGACCAAGCUAGAAAAAUUCCCCGACACCGAGGAAAACGGUGGUGGCUGGUGGGGCUUUCAAUGCCGGAAAGAGUAUAAGAUGGUUAGGAAGAUGCCUACGGCACAAAAGAAAUUCCGACGUCAGUUUGUUUAUAUUUACUACGACGGUGAUUGGGGUUUGCCUAUCACGUGGUCUCGAGAUCGAGGGACCACAGACUUGUUUGAACUUCGAGGUGCCAGAGAUGUCAAAGGAGGAGGUUGUGGCUGCCUGUUACUUCAAGACUCAUUGCGAGGAGUCGUUUCCCGUUCACGAUUAGACCAAAAGAUGGCCAAUAGAGUUGAUGUCAACGCCAUCAUGGCCCAAAGGCUCAGGAGGGAACUUCAGGAUGGAUCGAUCACCGGGGAUCCCGCCAACCCACGGCGCAAGAAGGAGCGCUCCGCUACUUUAUCGGGUCGUCCCGAGACAGUGAUUGCCUUGGAACAACCGCGCUCAAGCGUGGAGAGGAGGCCUUCCUCGAGUAGAGGGCCAUCCCUCCAGUCGGGACUUGAUGCCAACUUCGAUGAGGGGAAUUAUGAACUUCCCCCAACUCCCACAUACACUCGUUCUUCUCCUUCGCCGCCGUCAAAGAGGGUGUGUGGGGCUUUGGCUGGGGGCGACGCCCCUUUUACUAGGAUGUCGACUGAUGACAAGGGUCAACGAUUGAGGAAGAUUUGCAGGGAGAUAGCUGGUCCCAAGGAUGAGGAGUAUCUCGAGUCCAUCAGUGAGGACGAGGUUGACGAGCUUCAUCACGCUUGGUUGGAUAUGUCUAUUCGGAUGACUAUGGUGGCACGCCGCCGUAUAACUUUGACAGCGGAGAAUGAGAGGUUGUCUGCUAGAGUAGCUGAGCUAGAGGCUGCGGCUCGGGGGCAUCAGGCGAUUGUGAAGGAUUUGGAGACAAAGCUUCACAAGUCUGAAUGCGAGCUGACGAGGGUGAUAAGGGUUGUUGACAAUGAUCAACCUGACUUUCAAGAGAAGUCGAACGAGUUGAAUGGCCGGAUUGGCCAACUGACGAGGGAUCGUGAUGAUGCCAUGAAGAAGGUGGGUCGUCUCUCGGCGAGGCUGAAGGAGGCUCGACCGAAGGCUGAGAGGAGUUCUGAAGAGUGGUUCCAGGCAUGGCAAGAGUCAGACGAGUGUCUGGCGUACAACACCGAGGUUAGGGGGAACUCUUUCCAAGCCGAGGAGGAGUCUACACUGGCUCGGAUGAAGAGGAAUGUGAUUCAGGAUUGUGCCACUUUUGAUUAGGAGGCUUCGACUAGGACUUACCCGUUCGUUUGCAAAGCCGAGAUGGCUUUGUUGUGUGAUCAGAUGGCGACCACCAGCUUUGGCCAGCAGGCUGGGCCCGACGCCCAGCAAUUCUCGGGAGGUUUUGAAGAUGUUGCAUUUAAUGAGGAAGGUAGGGACUACGGCAGCUCUUCUCAUUAGUGCCUUAGUAUCUUAGCCCUUUGUUUGCUCG